AUGAGCGCAGAAGCAAAACUGACAGAAAACACAAGGAGCAGAGAAACUAAAUACACAGGCGUGUGCUCAUGGGACACAGGUGCAUCUAAUCAGGGCGGGGCAGUUGAGGUGAAUGCAACUGAUGCCGAUGACCGAUCCACUGCUAAUGGGGAGCUCAGGUAUUCUUUGACCCAAUAUGGAGAAGUUUCUGCCUUUGAAAUCGACAGCGAGACAGGUGUCAUCAGCUGCAAGACAAACACCCUGGAUCGGGAAACUAAGAGUGAGUAUGCGUUGGUGGUUAAGGUUCAGGACAUGAGAGGAAUGGCAUCCGGCAGCACGGCCACCACCUCUGUCACCAUCACUGUCACAGACACCAAUGACAACAUGGCUUCCUUCACCCGAAAGGUGUAUGAGCUGCAGGUUCCAGAAGACCACAAGUUAAAUGAAAAGAUCGGCACUCUGGAGUUAGAGGACAGAGAUCAGAUCCAGAACAAAGAGCCCAUCUUCACUAUCCCAAGUGAACACAACAGGAUGUUCAACAUUGAACUCAGCCCGAACAAAGACGGCAAUCUCCUGCUCAAACAGGCUCUGGACUAUGAAACAAAAAACAGCUACACUUUCACUGUCCAAGUCCGAGAAAACCUGCUUUUUCCUGCCGACAACGUGAACAGUGCUGUCACCAAAGCCCAGGUCAACAUUAAGGUGUUAGACGUAGACGAGCCACCAGUCUUCUCCAAGCCCAUCUACACCUUCAAUGUGAUGGAAGAACGGAUGGGAAACAUAGGAGUAAUCACUGCCACAGAUCCUGACAGAGCCAAAAAGACAAUACGGUACUCCAUUUUAGACAAAGACUGUCCCAUUGGUAUCAACCCUUUAACAGGUCAGCUGUCCACCCUGAGGACACUGGACAGGGAGCUGGAGGCUACACACAGGUUUCAAGUUAAGGCACAGGAGGAGCCAAGUGGUUUGGAGUCCUUUGUUAAAGUUGACAUUAUAGUUGACGACAUUAACGACAACAAGCCUGAACUGGUUGUGGAUGAGAUCUUCGUCUGUGAGAAUGACGCCUCUAAUACGGUGAUAGGAACUCUGAGAGCUACAGAUAAAGAUGACCAGCCGGCUUCCUUCAGUUUCGACCUGCACAGUGGAAGCUCCAACUUCUCCAUCAAAGACUAUGGCAAUAACACAGCAGACAUUAUGGUGAAGGACGGCCCGUUCAGCCUGGACGACCCCAAGGAUUACACUGUGAAUGUGCGUGUCAGUGAUGGAGGACGACCCGUCCAGACGAGCAUCACCACACUGGCAAUCAAGUCGUGCCGCUGUGAUGCCAGGAGAAUUCCCACACAGUGCAAAGCUAGUGCUCAGAUGAUGACAAUGAGUGUCCACGCCCUGAUCGCCAUCCUGCUCUGCAUACUGACCAUACUGGUCAUAGUGAUCCUGUUUGUGAUAAGGAAACGGUAUCAGAAGGACUCCCUGGCUAACAUAAAGAACAGCGGGGAUAUUCACGAGCAGCUGGUCACAUAUGAUGAGGAGGGAGGAGGAGAGAUGGACACCAAUGGGUAUGACGUCUCAAUCCUCAGCUCAGCUUGCAAUGACGGCUCCCUGCUCCGCCACCCGGACCGUCACCCCCACCCCUCUUUAUAUGCCAUGGUGCAGAAGCCCACUCAUCCCACUGCAUGUAAGGGUGACAUGGCCGUGAUGAUAGAGGUGAAGAAAGACGAAGCAGACCACGACAGAGACGGCAUCCCUUAUGACACCCUCCACAUCUACGGCUAUGAGGGACCUGAGUCUUUAGCCGGAAGCCUCAGCUCCCUGGAGAGUUCGUCCACUGGUUCAAACUUGGAUUAUGACUUCCUGAAUGAUUGGGGACCAAGAUUCAGGACCCUGGCCGAGCUGUACGGAGUGGACGGACCCGACUAUUACCACCAGUACUGAUGGACAACAUCUGCCAACAUGCAUGCAUGAUGCCAAAACACACACAUGUGCAAAACAGCCAUAAGAAAACAGAGAAAUGCAGGAAGCACACUCUCCAUUUUUUUUCUGGAUAAGGAGCCUUGGUCUGUGCAGACAUCCAUGUUCUCUGAAGACUUUUCCAGUUUCUGAAAACAGAAUCAGGGCACUCUCAUUUCUACUGUAACAUCAACAAACUUUUGCUAUGCUAAGUAACCAGAAGGUUUAUUGACUUAAGCAGUCUGGGAAUCCCCCGUUUUUCUUUUGCAGUGACAUGUUGCCCUUUGCCUCCACCAAGAAGAUGUUGCAGUGAUUUAAAAAAGAAAAAAAGUUAUAUCAACACAUCAUACCGUCACAGAAAGUGACAACUAAGUGCUCCGCAGUGUUUCAAGAGGAUUUAUUAUUUCUGACGGUGUGAGAUCCUUGCAGCGUAGAUGUGUUUGUCUUCCAUCACAGCCAAUCAGAGCUGAUUGUGGAUUAUCCUCCAUGCACUUAUAUUCAGCUGCAUAUAGAGCGCAUGUACCAAUGUUACACAUUUCUCAGUGGUGAAAAACAAUAAAAGAAAGAAAUGUUUAUUCAGAAAAAUCAUUCGACCUAUCACCCUUUGGACAAGACAUAUAGAUAAGAGCAAAUCCGGAUUCUGACAUGAAUUCAAGUUUUUAAUUUGCUAAUUUCCAUCUUACUGGGGAUGCAAAAUGGUGCACGUUAAAGCAGUUUAUUGCCUGUAAUCUCUCUGAACUUUACUUUCUCUCUUUUUUUAUACGUAUUUUAGAAAAAAGAAAAAGCCAGAAACACAAGGUGAUUUUUUUUAUUUUUGAUCUCAUGUUGAGCAUUUGAUCUGUAAAUAUCGUCACUUGAGGUUUUUUAUUGUUUGAGCUGCAUUUUAUACUUUGACGUGUUUGAUCACAGCGAGGUGUCACUUUUGUCUUUUUGAUAACAGUAAAAAUAAUCAUCUUGUGUACCAGGUUAUUUUAUAUAUAUAUAUAUAUAUAUAUAUAUAUAUAUAUAUAUGAUAUUAACAUGUCAACAGACAUACUUCAAUAGUUCCUAACAAUUCAGCAUUGUCACCGUUUUUUCCAGUGUAGAAACCUUUAAAAAGCGGCCGUCUGAUAUGAAUGAGGAGUCAUUUUCUGUGUCUCUUUUUCCCAAUCGUUUUCUGCUGAAAGAAGAGAACAAUGGAUAGACACACAGACACGAAAGGAAAUGGCCGUGCUGCUGCUGCUGCUGCUGCUGAGACAGAAUAUUACAGCGUGUUCCCAGGCUUGAUUUGACAGGACUCAUCAUCACAGUUAUUGUUGAGAUGAAAGCCUAAUUCUCAGAGGCGUGCUAGAACAAAAGUCAUUCAGACAACACAGGAAGCACCAAGUGGCAAAGGCACCUAGUUGGGCAGCAGCGAUGACUCUGAGGUGGCUCGAAUAACUUUAACCUCUCAUCCUUUUUGGCUACUGCCAAGUCAUAAAGUCUCUAGUAACAAAAAAAAAGAAAAGCUGAUCAGCCUAAGCUGAGGACGGUUUAUCUUCUAAAAGAGUGAACUGUCUCAAAAUAUAGAUGCUCGCUGUAGGAACAAGAUGACAAUCUGAUAAGAAGAAUAAUGUUAUUUAAAGAUAACACACUCCUGAAGCCAUAUUGAAGUCACCAUUGUAAAUCAGUUUUUUUGUACAAUUCGAUGCACAGUUGACAUUUGAUCAUUUGUAGUGACUGACAAUUGACUAGAUGAUUAUUUCAAGUCUUUCAUUUGGGAUCACUGACAAGGAUCCUUCUUUUAAGUCAUUUGUGAUUCCAUGGGAGUAUUUAACAUGUUGAUAAAGGCUGCGUGUGGUUCUGUUGUUUGUCAUCAGGAUCAACCACAAACUGUCUGUUUGAUUCCUGGACCUUUGGGAGGAGGCCUGUAGAGCGUUUAAUUAGUGACUAACAGACAUUUUAGCUUAUGGUAUAAAUGAAAAUACACGAUGGCUUCAGUUGUCACACAGUUAUUAUUAUUGUGGCAACUUCAAAAUCAGAAAAAAUGUGUCAUUGUAAAAAUGCUGCGUAUUAAGAUAAUCAUCUUGACGUUUAUGCAAAAAUAUAUUCUUGACACAUCAUGUCUUUGAACAGUAUUUUUGCUUGUUUUUUUGUUUUUUUCAAUGCGAUUCAUUUCAGUUUAGAGCAUCUAUCUUAUUUAUGCUCCUGUUUAUUCUGUUUUGCUUGGAUUUGAACUUGUUUCCUUAAAACUCCGGCCUGCUUGGAAUGCCAUCUGAUAAGCGGUGAACACAAUAACUGGAAGCCCUCUCGAUGCUUUCCUGUUGUGUUCGCACAUACAUGUACUUGGAGCUGCCUGAUCCGUCCACCUCACUCCAUCCUCCUCCUUGUUUGCCUCACCAACUCUCCCUCACGCCGUUCUUCUCCGUCCUUUAAUCAGCUAAACCAAACAGUGGACUCAGCUUCCUGUCCAUCUGGGGGGUUGUACCCGCCUCUUCCUGUCCGCGUUAUCUCUCUCACGAGGCGACACAUUGUGCUCACUUCCUGUUAGCCCAGCCUGGGGAACAAACUUAACCUCGGGGAGGAAGAAGGUGCGAGGAAAGGAGAAACACUGAGAAAGAUGAAGAGAACAAUGUCGAGCAGUGAUGAGUUUUGCAGCUGAGAUGCAUCACGCGUGCACAUGGAGUUAAAGUCCUGUUACUCUGGCAUCUUUGAUGAAGCAACAUCCACUCAUUAUAUUCACGGAAGUCAAUACACAUGACCCAAAGCUGAGAAAUGUAUGAUUUUACACAUUUGCACUGAUUAUUACGUUCCAAUCACAAGUAAGCCUUUACUUUAAACGUCUCUUGUGAUUGUCUUUCUUGCUGCUGAAGUAAUAUUCAAAAUGAGAUAAAAGAAAAAAGAAUUUUUAGAUUUAAGAUUUACUUGUUGCAAAAGCUACGUCUCCAUUCACUGAAUGAAAAAUGGGAUUCACCUUUCUUCACUUAUACUUGUGAGUAGCUCUCAACAAGACCAUAUUAAACUUAUUGCUUUAUAUUAUCACAAUUAUUAUGAUUCUUAUUUUUAUUUUUCAAGAAUUUGAAACAAAGAAACACAACAAAAAAUAGAAUUAAAAUCAGCAGCAUGUAGCAGAUAGAGGUGCUCCAACAUUCUCUCCAAACAGCAAUAAGCGUUGAGUGUACUUAGGGAGAGACAUUCUGAGAAAGGGGGGUAAUUAAUUAUGCCAACGUUUCUGUCUUCAUGUAAUCUACAUGUGCAAUUGUUAAACACCGAUAUUUAAACGUGUUGGUGGUGUUUGUAUUUUGAUUUGGGUAUGGCUUUAACAUAAAGCAUUACAGGUUUCUACCAUCACACUCGCAUGUGUUCUUAUAUAUUCCCUAACGUAUUUUGUAUUUCAGCCAGCAGUGUAUUCCACAUGUUUUAGCUUCAAAGCGGUCACUGUCAUUUGCUUAUAAACACUGACUUGUUAGACAUUCCAGAACAUAAGAAAUCCAGAAGAGUUGCUCAUUUAGUGCCAUAUUUAAAUCAUUUUGAUUUAUUUGUCACAAAAUUGUUUUGUCUCCUCUUUAAAAAUCACUUAAAAUAUGAUGAAUGCAUCUUUCAGGUUGGACACCCAGAAACAAACAAUCCAUAUCCAACAAUACACUGUUAAAAUGUGAUUUAUCUGCGUUGUUAGGAAGCAUAAACUUUUGAAAUGUACAUAUCUAUGUAUAUGAAAAAAAAAAAUGUGCCUAAUAGUGACUUUUUUUUCCUUUUAUUGUAUUUAGAAUAUGUUAAACUUGAUACAAUCUCUUUUUUUUAUUACUGUAAAAAGUUUUAAAAGGGAUUCCUUUUCUACUCAGUGAAGAGAGCAGUGUGUGUGUGUGUGUCAGAUAAAUGACUUGAACAUGUGAUUUUCUGUCUGCUUGUAAUGUAUUUGUGUGUCCGUGUGCUUGCAGCUGUGCCACUGUAGAUACAUACACACAAAUGAGUGUCAAACCAAUCAAAAAUAUCAACCACAUUGAUGAACAAGUUAAAAACAGUAAAGGUCUCAAAGGGAGCAACACGUGCCUUUAUUCUUUAAAAUAUAUAUAUAUAUAUUGUAAUUCCUUUAUUUUUAUUUUUGUUAUUUUGUUUUGGUGGUGAACACAAUGUUUUUAAAAUCUUUUUAUGGUGUAUAUCAACUACUUUUUAUUACCUGACAUUUUUGUAAGUGCAAAAUAAAAAUAAACACUAGA